AUUUCCGACUGCGCGUGAAAGCGGCACAGAGCAUCCUCAUCCAGUACAUCACGGUGACGUCCUGUGCGGAUAGAUAGAUGCCCUUACUGUACAAAUCAUAGCCAUAAUAUUUUCUUUAUGUAAAAGGUUUUAAGCUCGAAAGAGAAGCAGCAGCAUGCAGAGGAGCGCAGUGUUCGUGGUGGCUGAUAAAACGAGCCUGAAAAGGCCGUUUAUUUUUGCAAAUGCUGUGCAUAUGGCGUUGUGCUUCUUCAUGUUGACGAUGACAGUAGCUUGGCAUAGAGAACUCGUACAAAAUGGCAAACUGGUUUCCAGUGUUUCUGUAGUGAUAAUGUACGUCAUGGAGAUUGGCUGCCUGCUGCUCUCAGUGCUCGGUGUAUUUGGAGCCUGUAAAGGAAAGAGAUGGUGUUUGAUUCUGUAUGCAGCUGGGAUGGCGGCAGCCAGUCAAACAAUAAUUAUUAGAACAGCUCUAAGUUACCAAGAUGUUUAUGAGAAACGUGUGGUCCGAGAGGAGUCCAAGUUGCUGUCCAUGAUGCCACUUACUGCAGCCAGCAAAACGAACAGGACCCUGCUGUAUAGAAUUCAAGAAGAAUUUGAGUGCUGUGGUCUUAUUGAAGGCUACAAAGACUGGGGCUCUUCCAUCCCUGCCUCCUGUAACUGUCAAUAUCCAGGAAAAUGUAUUCGACUACGGGGCAGUGCCACACUUGGGGCUCCAAAAAACCAGUAUGUUUAUCAAGAGCCUUGCCUACCGAUUUAUGUUUCUGAACUUAAGCUUGCAUUCUCAUUGGCGAUGGGGAUACAGUUUGGAAGUGGAGUGUUUUGGGUGGUUUUACUCGUCAUGAGUAUCAAGCUGAUGGGCCAGAUACAAAGGAAACAGGAGUUCAUGGCUCUUCUCCAGUCAAACAGAUAUGUUCCUGGUGCCUUCUAGUCACCUAGUAUGUUUUGAUACACACCUCAAGUUAUCAUCAAGAGUACCUUGUUUGAAUUUGCACAUGUAAACACAUUAUGUUGUAUACCAUAACCUGACUAUUCUGUCCUAUAGCAACAUAUGAUGACAUUAUCAUUUUCUUUUAAUAUGUGGUAAUGCAUGUAACUGAUAUUGAAAAGUAAUCAACAUGCAUAGAUCAAUUUCAAAUUACUCUUUGUUUGCCUUACUGCUGUAAAAAUAAUGCAAUUUAAUGAAGCUAACCAAUCUUUAAUAAUAAUCACAUUUUCACAUGCUUUUGCCAUAUCUCUAAAGGUAUGUUAUCUUACCGAGCAUUAACCAGCCACCUGUUUUCUUUGAAUAGCUGGUGCCUAUCCAGGCAUUUUAUCUGGAUAAUAUUUGUUCUCUCCAUUUCUUCAUCACAUCAGUGAUUCUUUAGAUAGACAGAUAUUAAUCCAGCUUCAUAUAUUAUAAUUAGUUAUUAUAUAUAUUUUUUGUUAAUUUGCUGUUGGUAUGGGCUGGAGCAACAUUCUGCUGGCAAGAUUAAAGAUUUUAAUGUUUUGAAAUGAGUGUAGUAUUCAUCUUCCGCCAAAACUGCACAAUCAAAUGGCAUGUAACCAGUGGAUGCUAAUGGGUUUAAUUUAACACUUGUCAACUGGACCAACAUCUUUUAAACAUACAUAUUUAAAUAUUCGUACUUGUCUUAAGCACAUUGAAUUUUCAGCAUUAGAGCAAACAAUAAUCUUUGAACAAAUAAUAAUAUUAAUAACCCUAUAGCACCUUUCUUAAACAGUGUUUACAAAGUGCUUUGAUUGAAAUGUAAUCAUUUAUUUAUUCAUCAGGUUAGACAAAGGAAUGAGCCACAGCUCUCAUUGGGACAACAGAAUGUCUUGAUGCCUUGUUAAGCACAUUGUAGAGUUGAAAUUUUAUCAUGCGAUUCAGUUUUUCUUAAAAUACCUUUAGUGAGUAAAUGACACAUGAUCAUGUCCACUAGGAGGAGAGGGGACUCUGUUUGGAUACUCAUUCAGUAGACAUGCAGUAAAUCCUCAGUUAUUUCGCCUCCAAAAUUUGAUUUCAAAGUUUGGAGAAAUUUUAGCAAGGCCAAUGCAGACAGGUUGUGAGAGGCUCUUGUAGGAAAAUGCGUCAUCAAUAAUCUUGAGACUGUAACAUCCCAACUGAUGCCACUCUCACCAAAGAAGCCUUUAUGCCACAUCACUUCUAAAAUGACUUGCUGCAUGAGCUGCCUGUGGUUGAAACGUCUCCUUGGCAAGAAUAUUGUCAAAUGAAUUUCUUCUGAAACAGCAGAUCCGAUGUCUACCUGUGCACUUUAACCAUUAAUGCCUAAUAUACAAUAUGUUCUUGGAAAGUAUGUUUUUUUCUGUCAUACACUGUUUUUUUAGUUAUGGAAUGCACUUGUGUAAUAUUUUGUAAAUAGCAGGAAUAAAAAAUG